GGGAAAGUUCAUUGUGAUGAUGGACUUCAAUUUUUUGGUGUGUAAUCUGAUGAGAUGUUCUUAUGUGCAGAUGUAGUGCAAUGUGUGUUUGGUUUUCUAUUCUUCCAUGUUAUUCAUGGUGUAUUUUGGUUUGCAGCGAUUGUUCAGGUUUUGCUAGAUUAUGACCCGGGAUUGAGCAAAACUAUUGGUCCAUCCAAUUCGACUCCACUUAUAACUGCAGCGACAAGAGGACACACGGAAGUGGUGAAUGAGCUGCUGUCGAAGGAUUGUAGCUUGUUGGAGAUUGCUAGAUCCAAUGGCAAAAAUGCUUUGCAUUUGGCAGCUCGUCAGGGCCAUGUGGAGAUUGUGAAAGCCUUGCUCAGUAAAGAUCCACAGUUGGCUCGAAGGACUGACAAGAAAGGGCAAACUGCAUUGCACAUGGCUGUAAAAGGGCAGAGUUGUGACGUGGUAAAGUUACUUCUUGAUGCAGAUGCUGCCAUUGUUAUGCUUCCUGACAAAUUUGGUAACACAGCAUUACAUGUGGCAACCAGGAAAAAACGAGUAGAGAUAGUGAAUGAGUUAUUACAUCUGCCAGACACCAAUGUUAAUGCAUUAACCAGAGACCACAAAACAGCUCUUGACAUUGUUGAAAGCCUUCCACUCUGUGAAGAGGCAUCAGAUAUUAAAGAAUGUCUUUCUCGAUACGGAGCACUCAGAGCUAACGAGCUCAACCAACCAAGGGAUGAACUGAGGAAAACUGUUACUCAAAUCAAGAAAGAUGUUCACACGCAACUUGAACAAACCAAGAGAACCAACAAAAAUGUUCAUAAUAUUUCCAAAGAGUUAAGGAAGCUUCAUAGGGAAGGAAUCAACAAUGCCACAAACUCAGUAACAGUGGUGGCAGUGUUGUUUGCUACAGUUGCUUUUGCUGCUAUAUUCACUGUGCCUGGUGGUGAUAACAAUGAUGGCUCAGCGGUGGUAGCAGCUUAUGCUGCUUUUAAAAUCUUCUUCAUCUUUAAUGCUAUUGCACUUUUUACAUCUUUGGCCGUGGUGGUUGUUCAAAUCACCUUGGUUAGAGGUGAAACUAAAGCAGAGAAAAGGGUGGUGGAGGUCAUCAACAAGCUCAUGUGGCUGGCUUCUGUUUGCACUUCAGUGGCAUUUAUUGCUUCUUCUUACAUAGUUGUGGGUAGGAAGAAUAGGUGGGCUGCUAUUCUUGUUACAUUAGUAGGAGGGGUGAUAAUUUCUGGAGUUAUUGGCACCAUGACUUUCUAUGUAGUGAGAUCUAAGAGAAGCAGGUCAAUGAGGAAGAAGGAGAAGCAGCUAGCCAGGAGGAGUGGAUCUAACUCAUGGCAUCAUUCUGAAUUCUCCAACUCUGAGGUUGAUCGGAUUUAUGCUAUUUGAUCUUGAACUUGCAACCUACAAAGGGGAUCAUGAAGAACAAAUUGUUGCAAAAUGGAUGCAGGUGUUUAGAGUUUCCCCAUUCUACCACUUAAGAGUUCACUGUACAGGAAAUUGUUCUCUCAGACUUCUGCAGCUAAUGCUGCUGUUGCUGCUGCUGGUUUUCUAGGAGGAUCAUGAGGAAUUAGAAUGAAGCUCUCAUCAUCAUUGUAACUAUUAAAUGAUGCACUGCAGGGCGAAUGUAAGCACCUGUGUCUUAAUCCCAGGUUGUGAUUUGCUAGGAAAAUAAAUUGAACAUUGCUUUAACUUUCACUUUAUGUAUUGUUGUAUUAUCAAAAUAUACCUGCCAAUCCUGUUCAUUACUGAGUAUUUUGUUACAAUUUUCUUGAGGCCUAAUCAUUACAACUACCUAGAUUACAUACUGGACCCUUCAUACAUG